UGAUCUCUGAUCGGUAACGGACGGUCCAGAUCGCAUCUAGUUCGCACCCGGGGGGCUUCUCCGGACAGAGAUGGCGGCGGCGGCGACCUCUCCCUCCGCCGCAUCCUCCUCCGGUGGUAGCGGCGGCAACACGGCGGAGGGGGAGAUGGCGGCGGCGAGCGCUGCUUGUGCUUGCCCCAUCUGCCUCGAUUCCUUCCUAGACGAGGCGUACCUCGACACCUGCUUCCAUUCUUUUUGUUACAAGUGCAUAUGCCAGUGGGUAAAGAUUGUAUCGACCAAGCAUGCCGAACCUUUAUCAUCAGUGCAAUGUCCCCUUUGCAAGACCGUGAAUGUGUCUAUUAUACAUGGUUUUAAUGGUGAAUCAUUUGAGCGGCACUACAUAAAUCAGGACCCCAGAAAAAGACAUCUUUCAGAUGCACACGACUUGAUUACACAAUUCUAUAGUAUACGAGAUAUUAUAGGCAAUACUUCCAGCGUUCAGCAAUUCUGGAAGCAACGCAAGUAUCUUCGCAAGAACAUUUGGCUUCAAACCUGGCUAAGACAGGAAAUACAGGCUCUUACACGGGAUGAAAAUGUUGACGCUAUUAUCUACCACAUCCAUGGUGUGAUCGAGUCUUUCAUGAAAAGGCAAGAGAAGGGGCAUGCCUCGAAGAUGGCUCCACCAGAGAAGAGGAGGGAAGAAUUCAAGAGCUUGCUCAUGGAAGCUGCCAGGCCGUUCCUCCUUGGCCAAACGGAGCGGUUUGUCGCUGAGGUAGAGCUCUUCUUGGUCUCACAUCUGAACAUUGACGCAUAUAGCAGGCUGCGUGUUCAGAGACUUAAGGAGUCCACUUCGCAUGUGUCAAGAGAGCAAGAUGUGCUGCCACAGGAUCGGUCUCUGGAGGACCACUACUUGUACUUUCUAGGUGAUGAAACAGAUUGCAAUGACGAGAUAUGGUGAAUUGUCAAGCAAUAUCAGUGAUCUCCUGUAGGUGAUGGCACAGAUUGUAAUGCUGAGCUCUGUAUCUCGAGUACCAAUUGUUGUAUGUGUAGGUGAUGAGGACAGAUUGCAGAUUUGCAACGGAUAUAUAUCAUAGUGAUGUACAAGUUUUGCCAAAACAGUGUCCAUGUUCCCUGUAAAUUUUGCCACUCAUUCGGAACCUGUAAACUGAGCACAAUCUACAAUGGUAUAUAUAGAUAGGAGAUGCAGUCUUGCUAUUC